AUGGCGAAGUUCACUUGGGCCGCAUUUGCGCGGCUUGAUGCCGACAGCCAACUCAAGCCCUUUGAGUUGGAGCAUCGAGCGCCGGAUGGGAAGCCAGUUCCCUGCCCGAGCAUCUUCAGCGAGCCAACCAAGGACCUGACGGUGGUCAUCCCCGCCUACAACGAGGAGGACAGGCUGCCUGCCACGCUUCAAGAAACGCUCAGCUACCUGCAGCGGCGGCGUGACAGGCAGGGCCCCUACUUCACAUAUGAAGUCAUCAUCGUGGACGACGGCAGCAGGGAUGGCACCGUGCAAGUGGCCGCCGACUUUGCGCGCAAGCAUGGCUUCGAUGCUGUGCGGGUGCUGCGCCUGCCCCAGAACCGCGGAAAGGGCUACGCAGUCAAGUCGGGCAUGUUGUGCUCGCGCGGGCAGCGAUUGCUAAUGAUGGACGCGGAUGGUGCAACCAAGGUGUCCGACCUGGAAUGCCUGGAGGCCAAGCUGGCGGAGAUCAGCAGUGAGCGGGCGAGCGCGCUCGCCGGAAAAACAGGCACAAAAUACCGCUGCACUGGCCUUGGCUUAGUUCUCGGCAGCAGAGCACACAUUCAGGAUUCUGCGACAGCAAAACGCAGCGCGCUGCGCAAUUUUUUGAUGCACGGAUUUCAUGUCCUGGUCAUGAUGGUCGUGGGCAACCAGAUCCGGGACACGCAGUGCGGCUUCAAGCUGUUCACAAGGUCCGCGGCGCAGCAGCUGUACAGCAACCAGCGGCUGCAGCGCUGGUGUUUUGACGUGGAGCUGGUCUACCUGGCACAGCGGCUCAAGGUUCCCAUGGCAGAGGUGCAGGUGAACUGGACUGAAAUCCCGGGGUCCAAGAUCCGCCUCACCUCCAUGGUGCACAUGGCACUGGAGCUGGCCAUGAUCAAGAUGGGGUAUGGGGGUGAGUGGGCACGCAUUGCAUGCCCUAGUGAUGCGCCCACCUGUUGCCCAGACGCCAUUGUCAGCCUUCACACUCGUGACAAGCUCUGUUUCAUGUCGACAUAUCCUGCCUUGCUGUGCAGCUGGAUUGUGGCAGGUGCGGCUGAAAAGUGA